UUUACUCGACGUAUUAUGCUUAGCAUCGUUGUAUAUUACAGAUGCAAAAAUGAAACCUACAGUCAGAAUCUACCUAAGACUAGCAUCAUCAUUUGCUUUCACAAUGAAGCUUGGAGCACUCUUUUGAGAACGGUUCACAGUGUUCUGAAUAGAUCUCCGGCAAAUCUUAUAGAGGAGAUAAUACUCAUCGAUGAUUUCUCUGAAUUGGCUCACUUAGGAUUGAAAUUAGAAAAGUAUAUUGAAUCUUUGAACAAGGUGAAACUUAUUAGGGCCAAAAAAAGAGAAGGACUCAUUCGUGCUCGUAUGAUAGGUGCUACUGCAGCCAAGGGCCCGAUUCUCACAUUUUUGGACUCUCACUGCGAGUGUACUCCUGGCUGGUUGGAGCCACUUUUGCAGCAAGUAUAUGACAAUUGGACUACAAUAGCCUGCCCAGUAAUCGAUGUGAUUAAAGAUGAUACAUUUCAGUACAUGUUCCGAGAAUCAACAGAAUUUGCAAUUGGUGGUUUCACUUGGGACUUACAAUUUGAUUGGCGUCUCAUUCCACGCAGAGAAUUGGAGCGUAGGAAGCAUCAUUGGAAUCCAGUGAGUGAUAAAUUUGCUCAACACUUGAAUUUUAGAAGGAAAUUUGAUUUCUGGAUCAUUCCUUACUAG